CCUGAGGGGCGGGGGCCGGAGGAGAAAGAAUUGAGGCCGCGAGCUCCUCCCGUCGCUUAGAAGCCGGCCGGCGAGCGCGAGGACAAACCGAAGUUAACAUGGCGUCCAGUUCAGACUUUCCUUCCUAUGACAACACCGCAAGUUCAAAGCUGCUCAGAAAAUCCCAGGAAAUGCCAUUCGUCCCAAUCGGUAUGACAGGCUUCCUAGGCCUAGCCGCCUACGGGAUCUACCGACUGAAGCACAGAGGGAACACCAAAAUGUCUAUUCACCUGAUCCACACACGUAUGGCAGCCCAGGGCUUUGUGGUGGGGAGUAUAAUUUGUGGUGUGGUCUAUUCAAUGAUCCGGGAUUACGUCUGGAAGCCCCAGCCCAAGUCUUAGGAACCCCAUUGAAGCGCACCCCUCUCCUGUUCCUCUGUACUGUAGCGAUAGCUUGGCAGCUGACACAGGCUGCGGUGAAAAAGAAGAGCAUAGCUCUAAAUUUGUACCUCUCCCACACAGCAUAACUAACCUUCUCUGCUGCCAGAGUUACUUAAGAUUAGAUGGUUGGUGACAAAAGUCACUUUUUAAUUUUUUUUUGGUUUUCCCAAGAGCACAAAUUGACAUUUGGUAGAUCACAGCCAUGUUCACUGUACACACUUGCCACGUUGGCGCUCUAUGGUCUAGGCAACUCCAGACUUCCUCCCUCAGAGAUGAUAAUUUGGAAAAGCAGGCAAGAAAGUGAAGGGUGACACAUAUCUGGUGUGUGUUUCACCCAGAGAUGAGGAAGUUUUGACUACCUUUACCUGCUAGGUAGAAAUGGAUUUAAAAAGCGAAUGAUCAACCUGCCGAUGCUAAUAAUUUGCUUUCUAAAUCCAUUUCUGUCUAAGAGCAUCCAUGUGACACCCCUGAUGCCCAAUGUUGUGUCCUGGAAAAUGCCCUCCCAAUUGUGUAUGUGCGUGUGUGUUUUUUUUGAAGUGGUAUCACUUUGUUACUUGAUAUUCUGUUGCUCUCACCUAAAGGUGUGCUUGUGACACAGGUGCCACUGCACAGGGAAGAAAACACCUUUGUGGCUAUAAUAGAACAAAUGAUGGGGCAUUCUAACUCUUAGAACAGGAGCCUUCAACCAUAGAUGAAGCUAUUUACAGUUUUAUUUAUUACGCAAUAUUAAACCAUAAAUGUUUAAAUUAUUUAACCAGAAAAGGCAUGGCAGCUUCUUACAUUAAUGUUUUUAUUUGUACAUUCUAUGUGUGUGCGUGCGUGGAAAUAGGCAUCACGGGUGUCCACAGGAUGUGGUAAAGAAAAGUCAGAAUGGCAGCCGUGAUGUUGCAACUGAAGCUGCGCCCUGCAUAAAAAGGUUUCUUGCAAUGCACCUAAGAAGUGGCAGAGCUUCAGUCGCAAUGUCACGGCUGCCAUCGUAUUUUGACCGCACCCUGCGGACAGUUCUACAUCAUGUUCCUUUUUUUAAGUAUUUUGGUACAGGUGAUGUUUUAUGUGGAAGAAACCUGUAUGUAGCAGAUUGGAUGGAAAUCUUUGACGCACAAGCUGAUGGCGGUAGAGGCCCUUAAUUGCUGCUUCUGCCUUUGGGAGGUGGCUGAAACUUGUCUCUGCCUCCAUCUGUGCCCCUCCCCUAAAGGCGGAGGGCGUCGUGACUUACACAGAGGGCAGGGCAGGCACGGUGGGGGUAAAGAAAUCCUGCCUUAUUAUAUUCUUUUAUCGCAUGUUUAGAAAAUGUCCUCGCUGUGGGUCUAUAAUCUUCAGACAUCACCAUCAUGUUAAGAGUUUAUGGGUGGGCAUCCCAGCUGUGCGAAAAGCAGGUCUGUAAAAUCCUGUCUGUCCACAAGGUGCUUGCUAUCCCUUGGUUGUAUUGUGGUGCGAAUGCUGCUGUCCAGCCCAAUGUGAGUUCAACCCAGUGUUGCUGAUUUUAUUAAACAGUGUAUGUAAGAACAUUGGUAACUCAGCUGGUUUGCGUGGUCUCUUGUUCUGUGCAGUCUUUGAGUGUUUAUUUUUGCUUACUUCAUCUUGGUCGUGGUGCCCGCACGUAGGGUGGGCUUUCAGCAGCAGCAAAAUUGGAAAAAUAAAGAGCACGUGUCAAA